GCUAUGGAAGUCCAGCAACGUUCGGCAGUCUCGUAGAGACGUAAACUGAGGUGAUAUGGAAUUCUCUGGUAGCAGUUUCGAUGGGGACUAUCGUAAUGGCAGGAUGGAAGGGAGAGGAAGGUACAUUCUGCCAACGAAGACAAAAUAUGUUGGGGAGAUGGAGGAUGGUGUGUUCCAUGGAAAGGGGGUGCUGUAUUUUCCUAAUGGCAGCAAAUAUGAGGGGACCUGGGAGAAAGGGAUAUCCAAAGAGGGUAAAUAUACCUUUGCCGAUGGACUGGAGUACCAAAAGAGCGACUGGAAGUACUGCAAUGGCUAUGACAGACGGUUCUACACAGAAAUAUGCAAUGGACUGAAACCAGCAGGCAAGUCCCAGCUGACCAACCUUGACCCUCCACGGGUGAUUCCCGAAGGCUGCUACGACUGUGGGGAUGGUUUUUAUAACCCCCAGACGCGCGUCAUCACCAACUAUAAACACAAUUUCCUCAGGAACACAGAUGACGACGAGCAUGAGUGGAUUGUGUGUGCCUGUCGGAAGAGCUGGGAUGAGAUCGUGGGGCACCCACUCAGGAAUUGAGCACUGGUCAGCUUACUGAACAUGGGACAACACAGGCCGAAGUGGGCCACACCAUUCUCUUUUCAUGAAA